AAGCGCCAUAUUGCCAGUCUCCUCCAUCUCGCCAAACGUCGAGCAUGCAUGUCUUUACCGGUUAUUGAGGAGAUUAUCAGAGAAUUUUUACUGUGAUCUGCGAGCUGAAUWAUAACACCAUGGAGGCCGUCAAAGCCUUUAACAACGAGCUGUACUCGUUGACUGAGUACAAACCGCCCAUCUCCAAGGCCAAGAUGACUCAGAUCACCAAGUCAGGAAUCAAGGCUAUAAAAUUUUACAAGCAUGUUGUCCAGAGUGUAGAGAAGUUCAUACAAAAGUGCAAGCCAGAAUACAAAGUCCCGGGGCUGUAUGUCAUCGAUUCCAUAGUCAGACAGUCACGCCACCAGUUUGGCACAGAGAAAGAUGUGUUUGCUCCGCGCUUCAGCAAGAAUAUCAUAGCAACCUUCCAGCACCUCUACCGCUGCCCUCCAGAUGAAAAGAGUAAGAUCGUGCGUGUCCUGAAUCUGUGGCAGAAGAAUUCGGUCUUUAAGAGUGACAUCAUUCAGCCUCUGUUGGACAUGGCUGCGGGGAUUCCUCCUCCCAGCACUACGCCUGUCCUGCCCAGCAGUGCUGCUCCAAUAAAUAACACUACACCUGGCACUCCAGCUACACCUGCCACUCCGGCAAACAUUGUCCCAGGUCUGCCUGAGUGGGCAUCCCAGAUUACAAACACGGACACUGUUGCUGCUGUUGCACAGAUCUUACAGAGUCCCCAAGGACAACAGCUUCAACAGUUGGUACAGAGUCUGCAGAUGCAGCAGCAGAAGCCCCAGCCAUCCUUGCUGCAGGCCUUGGAUGCCGGCCUGGUGGUGCAGUUGCAAGCUUUGACAGCUCAGCUCACUGCCGCAGCCACUGCCAACAGCCUCAACCCUCUUGAGCAGAGAGUUUCCUCUUUUAAUAAGAAACUUUUGGGUCCGUUUGACUUUGGGGGUGAUUCUGAACGCAGUGAAGAAUCUAAAAAAGACACCUCAUCUUCUCAACUGCCCAUGGUGUCAGAGCCUAUUAACAGCUCACUCUUUCAUCAACUGGCUGAGCAACUGCAGCAGCAGAACCUGGAACAGUUUCAGAAGCAGCUGCUGGAGCACCAGCAGAAGGCAAUGAAUAUAGAGAGCCAAGACUCAAUCUUUGGGCAGGAAAACUCUGUUAGAACUGCACAGAACAGCAGCCAGCCGCAGCUUCCUGAGCCRGAGAGCAAGAUGGAUGACUCCAUAGACAACCAACAGCAGGAUAUGGACCUGGACGAGGGUCCUGAUGGAAUGGAGGAGGAGGAGGAGGAGAUCUUUGAACCAGAGGAGAAGAAAACGACAAGUACACGGUCCAGAACACGUUCCAGGUCACGCUCGAGAUCUCCUAAACGAAGAAGGUCSAGGUCCCGUUCUGGCUCUCGGAAACGCAAGCAUCGCAAGCGGUCACGCUCGCGCUCCAGAGAUCGCAAGAGGAAGUCUUCACGGUCUUACUCGAGUGAAAGGCGUGCCAGGGAACGAGAGAAGGAGCGUCAGAAGAAAGGAUUACCUCCUAUACGAUCCAAGACUCUAAGUGUGUGCAGCACAACUCUGUGGGUGGGACAGGUGGACAAAAAGGCCACUCAGCAAGACCUCACAAAUCUGUUUGARGAAUUUGGCCAGAUCGAGUCCAUCAAUAUGAUCCCUCCCAGAGGCUGYGCCUACAUCUGUAUGGUCCACAGACAGGAUGCAUACCGUGCCCUCCAGAAGCUUAGUACUGGCUCUUUUAAGAUUGGAUCCAAGAUCAUCAAGAUUGCAUGGGCUUUGAACAAAGGUGUAAAGCAAGAGUACAAGCAGUUUUGGGAUGCAGACCUUGGUGUCACCUACAUACCAUGGGAGAAGGUCAAAGUAGAUGACCUGGAUGGCUUUGCUGAAGGGGGGAUCAUCGAUCAGGAAACAGUCAAUGAUGAGUGGGAAAUUGUUAAGAGCACUGAUCCAGCCAAGGAAGUUACAAGUCAACCAGUAAGCACCGAGGCAACAGUGGUAUCCAAUACACAAACUGAGACCUACAGCCAGCAGGUUACCAUGAUGCCUGUACAGCUACCAGUGCCUCAGGCAGUUCCCAGUGCAGUAGGUUUGGUACCUCCUACUUUUCCUGUUGCGAUGAGCAUACCUCCACCAGGCUAUGGGCCACCACCACCAUUUAUAAGGCCUAGCUUUAAUGCCACACAGCCUCCACCAGGUUUUUUGCAGGCCCCGCACACAGCAGGAAUGGCCCCAGUUACUACGUCUUUAUUGCAGCCAUCUGUGGCCACCAGUCAAGAAGCUGUCAAAGAGACACCCUUCAGCACUAUGAUCCCUCCAACCAGCACUAUCCCUGGCAGCUUCAUGCCCUCAGCCAUCCCAGGACCUGGUAUUUUUCCUCCAGUGGGAGUCCAAACUCAGCAGGCUAACAAUGAGAAAAUGCCACAGUCUGCAGAGGCAAUGGGUGCUGCAGCAGAUCUCGCUCUACAAGGCAUGCAGAAUGCAGUCCGCAGUGGGAUGGGUCUACUUGGCAUGCACCCUACAGCUUCCCUCACCCAUCCGCUGCAUCAGUCCGGGUUGAGUGGUCAGAGAAUGCCUGGGCUGUUGCCUAUGGAUGUUCGACCGAAUCUCCUUCAACCAGGGCCUGCUGCUCGCUUCCCACUCCUUCUGCAGCAGGGUCAUGCCCAGCAAGCAGCUGGCCUUCUUGACGGUUCUCUCCAGGCCCGCCCCCGGGCCCCCUUUCCUCAUAUGGACAUCUUCAACAGGGCCCCAAACCUCACCAGUGAAAAUGUGUCCAAAACAGAAGAUGAGUCCUGCUCUAGAGCCGAUGAGGGGAAAGACCAAGACUACCGCUUCCCACCUGUAGAAAAGCAGAGUACAGGCUUACUGCGGACCCCUCCACCAGAGCACAGAGAGACCCUUGGAGGUGGUGGAGGUCCAGGAGGAGGAGGAGGAAGGCCGCCUUUGCUUCAGACCCCUGGAACUCAGCCAGUAAGAUCCAGCUUGGUGGGACGUUUGCAGGCACUUGCAGGCUUCACUCCUGAUAACCGCUGGAACCAAUCCAAAGGGGACUUUGAUGAGCGAGAUGGCAUGCGAGGAGGACCACCGGCCCCAGGUGGUCCAAAAGGUUUUCAGGAUGAACGCCCUCCCUCUGGGCCAAACUUCCCCAGUCGUUUUGACAGCCGUCCUGGAGCAGCAGGUGGAGCGGGACCUGGUGGGGGUCCGCAGCCCUGGAGCCGUGGAGGUGGUGCUACCUUCAGCAAUGAACUUCAUAAAGACCUAGAUGACCGAAGACGUCCAUGGGAGAGACAAAGAGACAGAGAUGAAAGAGAUGUUGACUUUAGGAGAGACAUGAACGGUAAUCGCCACAACCGUGAGCGAGAGCGCGAGCGGGAUCGAGGACGAGAACGCACCAGAGAACACGAGCGCGAUCGAGAUAGCGACAAAGAGAAGGAGCGUGAACGUGGAGGCUGGACACCUCUCCUUCCUCUGCCUACUCCGCUCCUUCCCACCCCUCCUCUUAAUCCCAACCUGACGCUGAAUCAAGGCAAACUUCUGGUUCCUCUCAAAUUAAACCCCCAGGUUCAGCCACGAUUCCAGUCUCCACUUUUCCCUCAAAGUCAGGCCAAACCUCCCCUCCUGGGUCUGAAACAACCACUCCCUCUGGCUCAAAUUAGGUCUCCUCCUCCAUYGCAGACCCAAGCACCUGUUUCUAAGCCUCAGUCUGAAACUCCAGAUCCUGAUGAAACCCCUCCAGCACAGUCAGCUGGUUCACCCCAUCCGUCAUCUGACACCCAGGGUCAGAGUACAUUAACCGAGCCUCCCUCUCAGCCUGAGCCAUCACCACAACCAGAAACCCCAUCACAAAAGAAAUCACCACCUCAGACAACUGCUUCUCCAGACACUAAGUACCCAAGCCAUCACUCCCCUUUGGCCCUCACACAAGCUGAUAGCCCCCCUGAGGACCCCACUUCCUCUGUGGAAAAGCAGGAAGAGCCACAGAAGGCGUCCCAAGAAGAGAGAUUCUCUAUGCCACAACCUGAGUGGGUCAAUGGACCCGAGAAGGACCAUGUCAAUGUGGCUGAGCCUACACCAGAACCUGAACAUCAUUCUUUGCUCAUUGAAACUGAAACUGAGCCGAAGCAGGAGCAAUUAUCAUCUCCUAGGGACCUAAACAAUGAACAGAAGGAGCCCCUGGAGGAAGCUCUGAGUCAGCCAGUGGUAGACACUGUCACAGACACUGAGGGGACAUAAUCAUCACUCAGUAGGUAAAAGAUCAUUUUGUAAAGUUGUCUCUUCUUCUCUGUACUCAUGUCAGCAAAAUACCACCACAACACGGGACAUGACGAACAUUGACUCACACCAGUUGUUGUCUGAUAACCAACAACAAAUGAUUUUAUCUCUUACAAAUCCCAGUGUACUUAAAUAGAAGGGUUUAUUAAUAGAAUAUUUUGUUUGUGUUUUAUUUCCUUUUUCCUUUUUUUAAGUUGUGAAACCACACCACCCCUUUUAAUUAAUAUAAGCUUUUGAAAUUUUAUUGAACUGUCUGCCAUAAUGUUUCAAUUGUAUAUUGGGAAAUUUAGCUUUGACCUUCCUAUGGAAGAAAGCGAGAAAUCCUGGCUGUUCAACAACGAAUUGACUGCAGAAAAUGUGAUACUUGAAAACAGCAGCUGCUUGCCAAUUUCGUCUGUCUUCUCUUCUUUUUAAAAAUAUGCUGCAAAGUUUUGCAGCAAAYGCUUUUAUUCUGUUUCCAAGCAGAACAAAUGUCCUACAUGCAGUCAGACCAGAACAGCUGCUUUAAAUUGGAAAAUAACAUUUAAUUCAAAUAAAAGUCAAACUGUUGUAUCUACUAAAAUAAGAAAGAUCUGUAAUUUGUUUCUAGUAAUACCAUGAACGCAAAAAUAAAAGUAAAUGCGAGAUUUAAAAAAAAAAUUCAGAAAAUGAAGAGUAGGAUGUUCUGAUGUUGGGUACAUAAUGUUUUAGGUUGAAAUAAACAUGCUUUGUCUGUUUAAAACACAUGCUUUAGGACUGUUUUCAGACCCAGGACCAGUGGGGGGUKGGGGGGAGACCACUUUACUUUUCAGAUUUGUACACACUGUGUGCCGUCACUUCAGUCGAUUUGAUGAUCUCAAGUUGCUGCUAUACCAUCUAUCCACAGAGCACUUUGUUGGAUGCAACCAUGGGACUUGUAGUUUCUAGCUUCUGAUGACUUCAGCCUGUAUGUUGGCCUAAGCUUUUGCUGGGUGACUGRUGAUGAUAGCAUUGUGCCUUUUUUUGAAUGGAUUUGUGGUUCACGAUGCUACCCAACACUUUUGCGUGACGUACACCAGACUGUGCGUGCAGCUCAGUGUUAAUGGGCUCUCUGGAGAGAAUGCUACCUGCACAGAACUGACUUACCUACUGAUUGAAUGAUAGCUGCGCAGUUUGUACAGCACUCACCUAAAGGAGAACAAUAUGUCCUCCAUCAGAGUGUGCAUGCAGGCCUGUAGCCAUGUUUUAACCUUCCUGUCUCUCUUCUUCAUUUCAUAAUUGUAGUGGUUUUCUGUUGAAACAUACUAUCAGAAAUCUAUAGUCUGCUGUUCUUCCAGAGCAAAUGUCUACUACAGGAGUUGUGUUUAAUAAAAGUUGAAGGUGCAUCAGA